UGUCACUCGGUUUUAACAGCUAGUCGAGUCAACUUUAACGAAAUAGGUAUUGAUUUGCGAAGCGAAUUAUUUUUUAAAUCACAUUGAAUUGCGUUGUGUUGUUUUGCGCAUAUUUUUUUACUUACCGUGUUAAGUGUUAUCUAUCGUUAAGUAUAUUAUCCGUAAUUUUCUAUAUCAAUUGCAAUGGCGGAAACUAAAGAAAAUGUGUUCUUAUUUGUGCCAAAUAUCAUUGGCUUCGGAAGAGUGAUUCUAGCCAUAAUUUCCUUUUAUUACAUGCCGACGCAUUGCAUCUUGGCUUGUACUUGUUAUAUUACUUCUGCGCUUUUAGAUGCAUUUGAUGGACAUGCAGCCAGAUAUUUUAAUCAGAGUACAAAGUUUGGAGGCAUGUUGGAUCAGCUGACUGACCGUGCAGGCACGGCAUGCCUGAUGAUGACUUUGGCCACCUUCUACCCUGAAUAUACUUUCUGGCUACAAAUAUCCAUGGCAAUCGAUGUUACCUGCCAUUGGCUUUACCUCCACACUGUGACACUGCAAGGGAAGACAUCACACAAGUUCAUUGACAUGUCGGAGAACCCAAUCAUGCAUGUGUAUUACACUAACAAAACGGUCUUGUUCUGUAUGUGUGCAGGCAAUGAGGCUUUUUAUGCAGCUUUGUAUGUCAUGCACUUUUAUACCGGGCCUCUAGUACUGGGGAUCGGUUUAUGGAAGCUGAUAGCGUUUAUGUGCCUGCCGGUGGCUGUCGUCAAGGCCGGCAUUUCUGUUAUACAUGGCAUUGUAGCUUCUAUCAAUUUGGCAAAUAUUGAUAUAAAAGAACGAGCCGCGCUGGCCGAAAAACAGAAGAAUUAAGAUAACAGUUACCAAAGUUUACAAAAACGGAUUCCAGUUUUUAUCUACCUACAAUAUGAUAUUUGUAAUAAUUUUUUUAAAGUUCUUUUAGUAUAUUCUUUUUAUUUCAAAACAUAGGUUAUUAAUUGCUUUCAAUAAGUUAAGUAAAUAAUUAUAUACCUUUGCAAUUUGAAUGGUAUUUUCUCCUGAGUAAUUUCAGCUAUAAGGUGUGUGUUACCAUAAGAAACCUGUUAACUUAUUUUAUUAAUCUUUAACUUACCUUCAGACUUUUUUUAUGUGAGUCAAUAUUAACCAAAAAACAAAUCAUUAUUGACAUACAAGAUCAUUUAGUUCUCGAAUCUAAAUACUGAAGGUUAGCCUUUCUAAUAAUAGCUGAUUUGCUAACAUUAGGAGUAAUUUAAGAAUUCAUGAUAGCAUUUAAGAAAUAUAGAGAAAUGCAAUUAUUACGAUAUAGACGUUAUUUUUUUCAAAAUUAUGUAUUAUUGUCAAGUACUAGAAGUACAUAUAUUUGUGGUUGUUAGAUCGUUAAAUUAAGCGUAUGUUUAACUUAAUUGUUGUGUAAUAAUGGUUAGAAUUAUAUCAUUUUGUUGUGUAUAAUAAUUACUAAUAAUCUCUGAAAAUAAUUACUAGUCUUUAGAUUAUAAGUUAUUCUAAACUUACAAUACCAGGUAUAGAUAUUUAUUUUUGACUUAAUUUUUUUCGUUAAUACUGCAUUUAUUUUUUCUUAAACAUUCCUACUUAAACAAUUUUUAAUUUUCUCAAACAACAAGAUCAAAGAAAUGUGAUAAAUAUCAAUAUUUUAAUUUUGGAUCCUAUUUAAUUUUAGAUGGGAGAUUCAGCACUUCUUAGGGUAAUGAAUAAUGGAUUUACCACCAUUGCGAAUAAAAAAUUAGAGUUAAAGGGAUGUCUAUUUUAUUAAAACAAAUCAAGUGGUCCUGAGUAAUUUUUUAAUUUGGUUAUCUCAAUAAAUGUAUUU